AUGAUCAAAGAUCUGAAUCACCGUGUGAAAAAUGCUUUCGUAGCUACAGUUUUCAAAGCAUAUUGUGAUCAUUAUCCACUUGAAUUAUCUGUCGAAGAUUUUUGGGUCGCCAUUGCACAAGGUGUUAGUAUUCAUUUGAACCAAAAUGCUGAAAAAUUUCGUCAUCUUCUCGUCGAACAUGAGGGCAAGAAGGAAUUAAUGUUAAUUGUUGAUCAUCUUCGCAUUCCAAAAUCAGAUCGACCUGCAAAUGGAAAUCAGUCAGUUCCAGCCAUUAACUGGCCAUUAGCUGUACGUGAAAUGUGUGACUUGAUUAAAAAAGAUAUGAAAGCUGACUUAACAACAUUAAUGACAAAACGAUUCUCGAGUACUACUGAUGUCGAAGGUGCUGUAUUCGACUGUACUCUUAUGGAUACCGUCAAAUCCUACUAUUCCUAUGGAUUUGGAUUGACCUGUGGAAUUCCCCAAGUAACACUUCGUGGAACACCAGGUGAUUUUCAAGAAUUGAUUGAUCGAGUUCAACAAUUGAAAAUAUUUUUCACCGAUUUUCAUUGGUGGUUUGAUGCCUUGCUACCUCAUAUUAACAAGUUAAAGGAAAGUGCUGAAGGCAAUGCUGAUAUCGAUUGGUGGCAAAAGAUUUGUCAUCGAAACAACAAUAUGUCGGGUGUUGAUCUUUUAAUGGGAUGGCUGGCAGACUUUAUUCCAGUAAGUGUUUUAUCUAUAUGUCUUUUAAAAAAUAGAACAUUUUUCUGA